ACUGAGAUUAUUAGCACGUCUCAAUGCUUGACCUGUGUUUGUUUAUAUGACCUCGUUUUGGGCUUGUUUAUGGUUCUGAGAACGGCCCAGACUCGCAGGUGAGGUUUAUUCGUGUUCUUGUGUGUCCUGUGAGGUUCUGAUGAUCCGGCUGGGUUUGCUGAGAGCACUCGUGACACGUCACACGCUCCGAUGUUUCUUCGGAACACACAGACGCAAAGUGACUCCGGAGCAGCUGAACUCUCCGAACCGAGCCCGAGAGCUCGUGUACGGCAUGAGUCCGGCGGAGAGGAGCUGCUUACUGAAGGAACUGCAGAACUUUCAGUCCGACACUGAAGUUUUGGAGUCUAAGGAUUCAUCUUCACUGACUGCGGCCCAGCUCAGAUACAUUCUGCUGCAUAACGCCAUUCCGUUCGUCGGCUUUGGGUUCCUGGAUAAUGCCAUCAUGAUCGCUGCUGGAACUCAGAUUGAGCUGUCCCUCGGAAUAACGUUUGGAAUAUCCACCAUGGCAGCUGCGGCUCUGGGGAAUCUGGUGUCCGAUCUGGCUGGACUCGGUUUAGCAGGUUAUGUGGAGGCUCUGGCUGUGCGAUUAGGGAUGCAGAUUCCUGAUCUAACGGCGAAGCAGGUGGACAUGUGGCAGACCAGAGUGACAUCACACUCGGGUAAAGCCAUCGGCGUCACUAUCGGAUGCAUUCUGGGAAUGUUUCCUCUGCUCUUCUUAAGUGAUGAUGACGAAGAGAAGACGAAGAAUCAGCCGAACUAAGACUGACAGAUCUCCUCUCUAUGUAACACGACACUCUUUACCUGUUCACUUCGUGUUCAAUGUUGAUCACACACUGAAUCUAGCGGUUCAUGCUAACCGUUCAGUGAAGGAUGAGCAGCUCAAAUAUUACGACACUCAAAGACUUCUCUCAGAGUUUAUUCAUGUUUAUUUUUUAUAUCUGAAGGAUCUCGUUGCGCCCAAAUAAAGUAACUUUAUCUGCACCUGCCAAUAACGAGUGAAUUGAGACAAUUUACUAAAUUAAAUAAAUAUUUUUGAAACUGUGUAUUUUUGCAUAACUUACAGCACACUUUCUCUUGCACAUAAACAUGUUGUCUAGAAAUCUAAAUGUCAUUAUAAGGUGCUUGUGUUGUGUUCAGUGUAAGCGUGUGAUAUGGAUGAGGUUAUCACAGCAGCGCCCUCUAUAGGUGCCUACAGGACACUGUUUGUAUUUUAAAAUACAAGGCGUUGUUCAUUAUUUAUACAGUACAUGAAUAUAAAUGUCCUCUUAAAUGUCAACACUGCAAC